AUGAGUAUGGUCAUGACGAUUAUUUUCGAGCAUAUCAGCGAGUUCCGAGUGUGGUCUUUUGACGAUACCGAAGUGGUCCGCGGGUCGGAAAGGCAGAUCCGCAGUCGGCAGAAGUUAGAGAGAUCGAGAGAGAAAGUCCCCCAGGAUUUUAUUAUGAUUAUGCCUUCCCCAGUGGCAAUGUGCCUGCGCUUUGCCAGGCGGGCUUCGCUGGAUCCCAGCAAGCAUCAAAUCCGGCUGGCACGAACGUUUUCGAGCACCAUCCGUCGCGGAGAGAUCAACAAGGUUGUCUCCUCUGCCGACCUCGCAAUCAAGGACAUGCAGUCCAACUCAACCCUGUUGGCCGGUGGAUUCGGACUGUCCGGUGUGCCAGAUACCCUGAUCAAUGCUGUCAAAGCAAACCCCUCGAUCACCGGGUUGACCGUCGUCAGUAACAACGCCGGGGUGGAUGGUGCCGGUUUGGGCCUGCUCCUGCAGUCCAAGCAGAUCAAGAAGAUGGUCGCGAGUUACGUCGGAGAGAACAAGACCUUUGAGCGCAUGUAUCUGGGCGGGGAGAUUGAGCUCGAGUUGACCCCGCAGGGCACCCUUGCUGAGCGCUGCCGUGCCGGUGGUGCUGGUAUCCCGGCCUUUUACACGCCCGCUGCCUUUGGCACAGUCGUGCAGACGGGCGAGCUGCCCCUGAAGCACAACGCGGAUGGUACUGUUGCCGUGUACGGCCAGCCCCGCGACGUCAAGGUCUUCGAUAACAAGAGCUACGUGAUGGAGGAGGCUAUCAAGGGAGACUACGCCUUCGUGAAGGCCUGGAAGGCCGACAAGCUGGGGAACUGUCAGUUCCGUUAUGCGGCGGCCAACUUCAACGGCGCCAUGGGCCGCAACGCGAAGAUGACUAUCGUCGAGGCCGAAAAUAUCGUCGAAGUCGGCGCCAUCGACCCCGCUGCCAUUCAUCUGCCGGGGAUAUACGUCAAGCGGGUCAUCCAGAGCACGGCACCCAAGAACAUUGAGAAGUACACCUUUGCCAAGGAGGAAGGGGAGGAUAACGCUGCUGCCCUUGGCAAGGGGAACACUGCCGCGAAACGUGAGCGCAUUGUUCGUCGCGCCGCCAAGGAGUUUAAGAACGGAAUGUACGCCAACUUGGGUAUCGGGAUGCCUAUGCUUGCGCCCAACUUCGUCGACCCCUCCGUGGAGGUGAUGCUCCAGUCUGAGAACGGCAUUCUUGGCUUGGGGCCUUACCCCAAGAAGGGCCAGGAGGACGCUGACCUCAUCAACGCGGGCAAGGAAACUGUGACUCUUGCCCCUGGUGCUGCUGUCUUCGGGAGUGAUGAGUCCUUUGGGAUGAUUCGCGCUGGUCGGAUUGAUCUGACCAUCCUGGGUGCGAUGCAGGUCAGCGCGAAGGGAGAUUUGGCCAACUGGAUGCUCCCCGGUAAGAUCAAGGGCUUCGGUGGUGCUAUGGAUCUUGUGUCCAACCCGGCUGCCACCAAGGUGGUGGUAACGAUGGAGCACACCGACAAGAAAGGCAACCCCAAGAUCGUCAAGCAGUGCGAGUUCCCUCUCACUGGCCGCACCUGCGUCAGCCGUAUUAUCACCGAACUCUGUGUGUUCGAUGUUGACUUUACUAAUGGUCUAACUCUGAUUGAGCUGGCAGACGGCGUGACAGUCGACGAGGUGAAGGCCAAGACAGAGGCUCCAUUCAAGGUUUCUGAUGACCUGCAGCCCAUGUUCAUUUUGCUGCUGGCGUCUUGUUUUGUUGGGUUCUAA